UGCCUAAAUAAUUAUCUUUAAUGUUAUUGAAAUUAGUUUGGGGUUUUUGCUUCAAGUUGGUUGGUGUUGACCGGUCAUCUUUCAAGCACAUAACCUGAAAAUAACCCGAUAACUAAAUUAAAAAAAAUCAAUUAUUACGAAACAUGUUCAGGUUCGCCAUCAAGGUUGGGUUAGCUGCAAGCGCAGUUUAUUAUUUAAAUAACGAAGGGAUUUGGAAAGAGAGCAAGGAAUCACUGAAAGCGUACGAUAAACUAAACACCACACUUGAGCCCUAUGUGCAAGAGGCGCGAAAACAGGUCCCCUUUGAGUUGCCUCAGUUUCCCAGUGGGGGCAGCAAGGUUUAUAAUGUCCAGGUUUGCUGGAACAAAGGGGUGACGGCAACGUUUCAAUUUUUGAGUGAAUUACCGCAUAAAGUGAACAAGUGGGCGGAUGAAGGAAUUUCGGCUAUUUUGCAAAAUCCGGACAUGCAAAAAGUGUUUGAAGCUUCCGGGGAUACAAAGGAUGGGAAAAAGUAGAAGUGGUUGUUAAUAUGUUGUAAAUAAAAUGUGUGGCUGUAUCAAUAAAAAUUGAUUCAUGA